AUGGCGGAUGUUGGUAGGCGAAGAUAUUUGAGAAGUGCCAAGAGACGAUCAGAUGCUAUCCAUUUUCUGGCCAAUAUCUCUCUUGACGGUGGUGAAUUCACUCCCGUGAAACUAGAGGGCAAGCAUGACAGCCAAGGGGAGAGAAAAACCGGCAAAAGGUCUGCCGAAAAACACUCUUCGGAACCCAAUCUCGACGCGCAAGAUGUACGUACCGAGAUUGACUUUUCGGCCAGCGAGGUGGCGAUGAGCACCGGGGGCACAGAGGUGGCGAUUACCCCCGACGUUCGAGUGAGAACACGGUCAAACUCCAAGGCGUCUUUAAGUAUGUCGGGCAGCACAAGACUCAACAAGUCAAUGUCUGCUAAAGGGUCGCCACUUUUGGUGGGUAAAUUCGAUCCAGCAUCAAGACCACGUGCUCAGACCCAGGUUACAUCUGCUGCUGACCUCGCCAAACGCCGCCCCUAUCACGGGCUGGCAAACGAUUCUCCCAACAUUGAGGGCGCUGUUUACAAGUCUCAUCUUCACCACCAUCGCCAUCACUCUGCUUUUCCACAUACUGUGUUUAGUGCCCAGACCCUGGUCACUGAUACCGACACAGUCAUCAGUUCACCCAAGGAGAGGUUGCAAUGUCUUAGUGCACAUAUCAUACACGUGCAAUCAUUACCGCCACCUGCCCACAAGCCAAGCAGAGUGCUUCUGGUCUCCCCCCGCAAGGUUCCAUUUGCGCUGUUUUCAGUCUUGCCGUAUAGUAGACGCAGUCAGCAUGGUCUUCUAAGAAAUGACUCUGAUGGUGUUACGUCAGGCCGGACCAGGAAAAGUUCAGGGAAUAGAGGAAUUGGUUCUGAAUCCUACCUCCCUACCUUUGGUGGUGGGGAACUGGGUGAAGGAAAGGAAACAUCGUUUAGUCAUCUCUUGAUACCAACGAGGGAGCAAGCUGCGUAUCGAAGACAGCAAAGUCUAGAUAUCCUGAAUUCUCCUCACUCUCCAGCAGUUAGGAAGAUCCCUGGCCAUCCUCUUGGCAUACAGUGGGAUAGAGGUGACUCUGAGCUAUCUCUCUUAGACCACACACCCAGUAUCCUUCCAUAUGACCCUAUGGAGUUAGAUAAUCCAGAACUACAUACAGGCAAACAUAGAAAGGUCAUGACAUUUACCUCAUAUAUGGUUUCUGUCUUGGAUUACACUAAACCCUCUGAGCUCAAGAAGGACAUCAACCAGAAGUUCAAAGAACGUUUCCCAAGUAUAGACUUGUCUCUAAGCAAGCUUAGAAGCAUUAAGAAGGAGAUGAGAAAGAUAGCUGUUGAUGAAUGCAAUAUGGAGCUGAUCACACUGGCUCAUGCCUAUGUCUACUUUGAGAAACUAGUCCUCUAUGGAAAGAUUAAUAAAGAAAACAGAAAACUGUGUGCAGGUGCGUGUCUGACUUUAGCUGCCAAAUUGAAUGACAACAAAGGUGCAGACUUGCAGAAUCUCAUUAAGGAGAUUGAGGAUACAUUCCGAGAGAACCGCAAGGAGUUUCUUCAGCUGGAGUUUCCCAUCUUAGUGGCAUUGGAGUUUAGUUUACACCUACCAGAGAAUAUUGUUCUUCCUCACUACAGACGAAUCUCUCAGAUGACGUGACCCAGGUUCACUGCCCUUCUUGAGUCCACAAAGGGUAACGCUACAAUUAACACACAUGUAAACAAAGGCAUGAUAUUCUUCCUACUUUAGUCAGAUUUUAAGAAAAAAGAUUAUCAUCAGAAAUCAUUAAUAUUUUUGCCAUAUCUUUUUGUUUAUGUGCCAUUUUAUUCCGAUGGUUGUUUUUUUUUUCAUUGAAAAAAUAAGCUAUGAUGUUCACAAUGUGUACACACAAUUAUACCUGUAGACUAUGGGUUAUAACAUGUGCCACCCUGAAAUGCUCUAACACCAAACAUAUCACAGCCCUAUUAGUAAGUCAGGCCCUUGUACUCCCUAAACAUUUGCUUUGAAAAGGACAAAUAUCAUGGCAGUAGAACCAAAUUUCUUCUUUCUUUUGUUUACCCUCCUAGUCCUCUUUAUUUUAGUUUGAUGCUGACAGCAUUUCAUGUAUUCCUGACUCAUAUAUAAAGACCACUUCAUAUAUUUAUACAACUAUUCUAUGAUUAUGAGCUCAUUGUUGCAGAGGAUAAUCACAAUGUGAAAGCUUGACUAUUCCAUUUCAGGAGCAAGGGAGGCCAGAUUUCACAGAGUGAUUAUAUUCUGCAACAAUUCAUGACUAAAAUGCAUUCCAGAUACUAUGUUUUAUAUCUCACAGAAAGAUCUUUGUCAGAAUUUUUCUUAAGUCAAAGGUGCAUAUGGAGGUCGGUCUCUGGCGUUAUUCAUGAGCCUCAAUGUGUGGUGUCAGAUGUUCAGGCUACCUUAACAACAAUU